CUGAAUUCACUUGUAAACAGGCACAUUCAAAAUGGCGCCAUGGGCGGCGGUUGUUGUGUGGCUUUUGGCGGAAAGUGCUUGGUGUGCUAGCCAUCUGAAAUUCCCUUCAGGGUUCAAAUUUGGAGCUGCGACAUCUGCAUAUCAAGUUGAGGGUGCAUGGAAUACCAGUGGUAAGACGCCAAGUACGUGGGACACGUUAACUCACAAUCGACCACAACUUAUCACUGAUGGAAGCAGCGGCGACGUCGCCUGCGACUCGUACCAUCAAUGGAAAGACGAUAUACAAAUUGCUUCGGAAUUGGGACUGGACUUCUAUAGAUUUUCAAUAUCUUGGCCUCGCCUCAUGCCGACUAGUUUCCCGGACGAAAUAAACGAAGAUGGACGCCGCUAUUAUGACAACUUGAUCAACGGGCUCCUAGACAAGGGGAUUGAACCCAUAAUCACAAUGUACCACUGGGAUCUACCGCAACGAUUGCAAGAUCAUGGUGGCUGGUCUAAUCCCCUCAUAGUGGAAUGGUUUGAGGAAUAUGCGAGGGUCCUGUACAAGCUUUUCGGCGACCGUGUGAAGAACUGGGUCACUAUCAAUGAACCUUUCACCAUUUGUACUAUAGGUUACGCCAUAGGAGCCUUCUCGUCCGGCGUGCACGACCCUGAAGUCGGGACUUACCUGUGUAUAAAAAACGUCGUGAUGGCCCACGCUAAGGCCUGGAGGCUGUAUCAUAAGGAAUACAGGAAGCAAUUUAAAGGUCGCGUUGGUAUAUCUCAUCAGCUAUUUUACCUGCAUCCGACGUCAGAGGAAGAUGAAGAAAUAGCUUCUCUGGCUCAUGAACAUUAUUACGGCUUGUAUUCGCAUCCUGUGUUCUCCAAAGAAGGCGGCUGGCCUCCGGGCAUUGAGAAAGUGAUAGAGAAGAACAGCAAAAUGCAGGGAUUCACUCGCUCUAGACUCCCAGCCUUUACCGAUGAAGAAAAAGAGUUAGCUAAAGGAGCAUACGACUUUUACGGCUUCAACUAUUACACCUCCCGGAAAAUCCGUAGGCGAAGGGACGGAGAGAGUCUGGGUCAAUUAUCCCCCAUGAGAAAUAUCAAAGAGUUAGACGCUAUAUUAGAAGUUGAUCGUGGAUGGGACAGAGCAGCUUGUUUUUGGUUUUACGUUUAUCCUGAAGGCAUCCGCAAACUACUUUCGUGGGUGAAGAAUCAGUAUGGGGACGUUGAGAUUGUGAUCACGGAAAAUGGUUACUCCACUAAACCAGAAUCCGGUUCGAAUGAUUACGAUAGGAUCAAGUACUACAGAGAUCACUUGGAACAGGUGCUCCUCGCAAUCCACGAGGAUAAGGUCAAUAUCACAGGGUAUACCGCGUGGUCUCUCAUAGACAACUUCGAGUGGAAUGACGGAUACACAACGAAAUUCGGAUUGUACGAAGUCAAUUUUGAUGAUCCAAACCGUCAGCGCACCCCGCGCGCCUCCGCCAAGUAUUACAAGAAUGUGAUCCAAACUAACAACAUUGAGAUACCAAAGAAAUUUAGCACGAUAACUGAUGAAUUAUAAUAUUAAUGCACUAGA